AUGAACUUUAUGCACACUUACGAGAUUGGCGUCGCACGAGUCGAGGUCAAAACAGUAAAUGUGAAUUCAGAAGCAUUCAAGAAGAAUUUCCUUGGUGCACAGCCUCCUAUUAUGAUCGAAGAGGAGAAAGAGGCGACCUACACGGACAACCGUGAAAUUGAAGGACGAAUCUUUCACCUUGCUAAAGAAUUCCGUGUUCCUCUUUUCGAAAAGGAUCCUACCGUUGAAAAACGGAUAGAGAGUCUUUACAGGAACUUCAAACUGUUCCUACGAGCGAAAACUGAGUAUGACAAAGAAAGGCGUGACAUUUCAUCCGUUGAGUCAUUGCCGCCACAAAUCAAGACCCAUUAUAAUCGUGUUGUAGAGCAACUAGCUGGUAUUGAUCAGCUGCUGGCGGAACGACAAACUCGCUACCUCUUGGGUCCGUCAAUGACGGAAUACGAUUGUGAACUGAUGCCUAGACUACAUCACAUGCGUAUAAUUGGCCAGAGAAUGCUCAAGUAA